AUCCUCCGGUUUCAGGGCCAAUAGCCCAGCGAUCCUGGCGCCUACGUCUUUCCCCCUUCAACAUACUUAUGCCACCAUAGUUAAUAAAGUCGCUCUUGGCCCCUGCGUGCGGCUGAGGUUGCUGCAAGGAGUCUAUUAUAGGAAAUGAGCUCCCAAUGCCUGCUAGACAAUGAUUAUGAAGCAGCCUACUUACCCUUUUAAAGGGCAGUGGCACCGGGUGCCUACGACUGUAAAUUUUUGUCUUGACUUAGCUCGAGAACUCUAGCACUCAAUCUCCGUGAUUAGCAUGGAGCUGUCUAGAAGCGAAAAAGAUGCCACGGUUUACGACACAAAACCUCAUCUUUUAUCAGUCGAAGAGAACGAUGACCAGUGGAUUCACCGCCCUCCGCUUCAUGUUCCGUUAGAUGGGGGAGCGCUACCUUCGUUAGAUUCGAGUGCAACCAGCUAUCGCUUUGAGCGAUAUAUAUUUCGGGCUGUUCUCAACGCUCUUGGCCCCAUCAUCGUUACGCUGUUCUACUUUCUUAUUCUAAGGUAUUAUCUGUGGGAGCCCGCUGAGAAUGGUAUCAUCCCCUCUCGCCCUGUGAAUUCUAGGGGCGUUUUCUUUGCCUGGCUCAUUCUCAGUAUUUUCGUCCUCGACUGGGCAAAGUCUGGCCUCGCCGGGUUUGAGGCGGCGGCUCUUAUGAAACCAGAAUAUGCACCGUUAGACGGUCGCAAGUUCAUGUGGCAUAUCGACCGCGGCUGGGGCUCUUUAAGCAGUUGGUGGCAGGUUUUGCUCCUCACGUUUCGAUAUGUCUACAAGAAGAUGCGUGCUGGCAAGGAACCGGUGGAGUGGGAAGGGCCCGGGCUACUCUGGUUCUACCUGGCUUUUUGCAGCUUUUUGUUCUACGCGGUUGUGCCACUCUCUGGGCUAUCCAUGGAGCCUACGGAGGCCCUGCAACUGGCCAAACGUGCCAUUGCGAUCUCGGGCACCAACCAGACUACGUUCCAAAUGCAGCCGUCGAAUGCUGUCGCUGAUUUGGCCAGUUAUAGCUGGCGACAAGGUCGUCCGACAACCCCGGAAGGAGCUACUAUUCUUUACGCUCCCGAUGGUACCCCAGAUGUCAGCAGUACAUUUUACGAAGAUAUGAUCCAGUCGGACUAUCAGAGUCGCCUGCUGGAUAACUCUGGCAGUCUCAACAGUACGAUCACUUUCUUCUCCGGUCCCGAAGUUAGUGAACGAGCGCAUGGCAGGGCAUGGGGAAUGCUGACAAGUAUUUCCUGUAUGCCUGUCCAUCCCUAUAGGGACCUCGAGCUUCUCAGUGUCACGGCUAUUAAUAAAUGGAGUAGUCCUGUUUGGACUACGACAUCCAAGGACUAUGUUAAUGGAACUUCUGGGCCUUACGCCGCGAGCGGAUUCGAACCCGUGCAUUUUGCGGAGGGGACAGGUCUAGGCUUGAAGUACCAAUAUCUGAUGGCGAGCAAUCUGGGCAUAUUUGCCGGCCUCGCCAGGUAUGACAACGAGACCCGCCUGCCCGUUCUAGGUGCGAUAGAAUUGGUUAUGUGGCAGGCAUUCGACACGAUAGUUGGCUAUAUACCCGACGAGACAUUCAAAAACAUGUCAUCUCACCCCCUAGUUGAGUCUUCCUUCUCAAGCCGAGAUAACAAGACAUACCUAGGCUACGGUGUUCGCUGCUCUGUGAACUCAACAGUCGGCGCAGCCACUAUCUCAGCAGUGACAAAUACCUUUACAGACUUCAAGACCCAAGUAGCUAGUCUGAAGGCUACUCGUGUUGGAGCGCAAAUCACCACAACCUCAGGAGUAAUGGGACUACAAUCCCUGGUCUUCUCCGCAUUCACAUCAGUCCUCCUCGGCUACCAAGGCUUCCCCAAAUGCUCCUCCUUCUCCGUCUUCUGCACCGGCCCCAUCGGCGCCAACCUAGCCACCAACGGAAUCCCCUCUUUCGCACCAAUCCAAAAAUCCCCCCCCGGCUCCGAAAGCGAAUACACCGGCGGGCUGAUGCAGUACCCCUCCAUCUCGCCCGAGCGCAUGAACCUAGCAAUGUACAAGCUCUUCGGCGAGCUCUCCAUGGGCGUCAUGUCCACCGGCCCUGGCAACUGGACGUCCACCCCCAACGCGACGUCGGAUCUAGGCCUUGUCGGCCUCGAGCCCGCACACGACAUCGAGCAGGGCCGUGUGCCGUAUAGGGUGGUGCUCGUGCUCCUCCUUCUGUGGGCUGUCGUCACUGUUCUUCCGCAGCUGCUGCUGCCGGGGUUACUGGUUGAGCGCCGCUGGGGCGAAAAACUGGAUGGCUUUACGAUGUUUAGGUUUGGUGCUGAGUGGCGAGAUAGCGUGCAUAGUUUGCGGUCGAGGGAGCUGGGUGGACCGGGCGCGGCGGCUUUGGGCGAGAUUCCGGGGAUGAUUGGGGAUAUGAGGGCUGGGGAGAUGGAGACGGGGUUUGUGGGGUUGAGUAGGGAGAAGGCGAAGUUGAGGAGGGUGUAUAGCUAUGCUAGGUAGAGGGGUUGAUAUAUGGAAGAUAUUAAUGGUAUAUAAUCCAAUUGCUAGAGCCGUCGGGUGUCAAUACUACCGAAGUAUAGGAACGGGUUCACAAGAACCAGUCUCUUACUCGGACUGAAGACAGUUCGGUCUAACAGAUCACAUCCUCCCUUUCCUAGUAGGUAGGUAGGUAGGUGACUACUAGCAAAUACCUACUGUUGUAUGUUUUUAUCUUAUGGCGAAAUGCAAAUAAAU